AUGUCUGCAAGGUACUAUAUCGCCAUCUCUCUCAUCUGCUCGCUUCUGGGCUAUGGCUCACCUACCAACCCCCUUAAGCAAUCAAUCCCAGCGGGCCAAGACGAUAGGAGCGCCGCGCUAAGCAACAAAUUUACUACCGAUAAGGAAACCGCGAAGAAACAGUUUGAGAACACGCGAGCAUUCGUCAUGAAGACGUGUGAUAUUGUUUUCCGCCGCAAAUCGGAUAUCAACGCACUUCCUUUUUUUCACACAAUACUGGUCUUCUUAUAUUACGUGGCUCAACACCCUAGAGCCAUUGCGCUCAUCGAGGACGAUUUCCCAUGGAAACGACUAGUCGACGUACUUAACGAGGCUUAUCCGGCACUGUUAUCAAAACCAAGGAUGGCAAAUGAAACCUUCCCGCGACCGCUGCGCAACGAGCCUUUGUGCCCACUUCCAGAAGACUAUGCUUUGCGAGGGUUUGCAUUUUCAAAAGGCUACUUCCCAGCCGAUUGGUUUUCUAACGAGAAGCUUGAAGAUGCUGAAAAGAUGUUUAAACCGCCCUCCUUGGGCGACAAGCGACGCCAACGUCUGCAUUGGCUUGGACACCAGAUCUGCAGUCUGGGAACCUGGAUCAAGUGGAACACAGGCUCAAGCCGUUAUACUACGGCCGAGGAGGGUGAAAGGCGGCGACAGGUUUCUAGCACAGAGAGCCCUGGUGGCGGCAAGUACCCUCACUGUGCUGCGCCUGCUGACUUACGGUCUCGAGUCUCUGGUGGGCAAACUGGCUCGCCUGCUCCUUCAAGUUCUCUGCGCCAACCAGGCGUGCCCGCUACCACCAGCCAGCAAGCACCAAUGACCAAGAUGAGCCGGAGCGAUUUUGACGAGACGAUGAUCGACCGUUUAAAUUGCCAAUUUUGUCGCCGCUGA